AUGUAUGGCCACAUAUUGAAGUUGGCCGAGGCGGAGAAGAAGGGCAUCGAAGCUGCUGGUGGUACGGCCGAUGUCUACCAGAUUGCCGAAACUUUGUCCGACGAAGUCUUGGCUAAAAUGUCCGCUCCUCCCAAGGCCAAUUAUCCUACCGCCACUCAUGAGACACUACUGGAGUACGAUGCCGUGCUUUUCGGUAUCCCGACUCGUUAUGGUAACUUCCCUGCUCAAUGGAAGACCUUCUGGGACCGUACCGGCGGCAUCUGGGCCAGUGGUGGCUACUGGGGUAAGUACGCCGGCCUGUUUGUCUCCACUGCCACGUUGGGUGGCGGCCAGGAGUCCACUGCCCUCGCCUCUAUGAGCACCCUCACCCAUCACGGCUUCAUUUACGUCCCCCUGGGCUACAAGCCUGUCUUCUCCCUCCUGUCCAACUUGGAAGAGGUCCACGGUGGUAGCGCCUGGGGUGCGGGCACCUUCGCGGCUGCCGAUGGCUCCCGUAUGCCUACUGCUCUCGAGUUACAGAUCGCCGAAGAACAGGGUAAGGCGUUCUACAGCCACAUAUCCAAGGUCUCCUUCCCCACCGGUGGCGAGGGAUCCAAGCCCGAGUCGACUCCUACGGCCGCAACGCAGGAGAGGGAAGGCAAAACGGCAACAACGCCCAAGCCCGAGCAGAACCAGGAGAAUAAGCAGCGGUCCAGACAAGAUGCUAAUACAAAGGAAAGUGGCCCCUGUGGGAAUGUAUCUAGUAUUCGGAAAUCUAAUGCUGUCAAGCUGAGAAGAGUCAUAAAGAAAGUUCUGACUCUAUCCUUGCUUCUCCCCUCGGAGCUGAUCCGUCACGGUGUCGGCCCUCGUACUUUUGUGCCCAUCUGCUCAGAGAAAUGCAGCUGGAUGCCGGUGUCCGCUCAAGCAGUUCUCAAGGCCGGAGGCGCGUUUGUCCUUCUGGACCCGUCAAUGCCUCCUGCGUGUCUCCAGGCCUUGUGCAUCCGUCUGGAGACGACGGUAAUCGUCAUGUCGGCAGAGAAGCGGGCCAUCGCCGAGACCUGGUACCAAAUACCAUGUCAAUAG